AGGGAGAGCGAGUAACUUCCGGCCGGGCCUCUGUCUGGGUGGCGCGGCCGGGUCCUCGCGGGUCUCGCCGCUUCUCGCUUCCACGGCCUCCCCCCGCCUCGUGCGGGGGGUUGGGCGGCCGCGGGAGGCCACUCCGACCUUCCCGGUGCGUGCGGUUCGUUCAGCGCCGUGGCUGUGCGCGCGGGGGCCCGGGGUCUGAGGGCCUGCGGCCUACCCGGGCCCGCCGCCCGGCUCCAUGAGGCACAGCCUGACCAAGCUGCUGGCAGCCUCGGGCCGCGACUUGUCCAGCCACCGCGACAGCCGGGAGCCGCCCGCCACGCGCGCACCGCCGGGGGACCCGACUGCGGCGGCCGCGGGGGCGGAGACGUCGGGGUCGGGAUCGCCUGACCGCGAGCAGCCGCACGGCGACGGGGGCGAGCCGGAGGCCCGGAGGGGGAGCCGCGGCAGCGUGGCCGUGCGCGCGCCCGCGCCCUCGCCCGCGAAGAUGGAGGAGGAAGAGGAGGACGCGAUCGCCGCCAUGGUCCCCAAAGACGAGCCGGAGGACAUGGACUUUCUCUCUGGGCUGGAACUGGCCGAUCUGCUGGACCCUCGGCAACCGGACUGGCACCUGGAGCCCGGGCUCAGCUCGCCUGGGCCCCUGUCCUCGUCCGGCGGAGGCUCGGAUAGCGGCGGCCUGUUGAGGGGGGACGACGACGACGAGACCGCGGCUGCCGAGAUGCAGCGCUUCUCUGACUUGCUGCAGAGGCUGCUGAACGGCAUCGGAGGCUGCAGCAGCGGCGGUGACCGCGGCAGCGGGGAAAAGAGGCGGAGAAAGUCCCCGGGAGGAGGCGGUGGCACCAACGACAGCAACCAAGCGGCGACCAAGAGUCCCCGGAAGGCGGCGGCGGCCGCUGCCCGUCUUAAUCGGCUCAAGAAGAAGGAGUACGUGAUGGGGCUGGAGAGUCGAGUCCGGGGACUGGCAGCCGAGAACCAGGAGCUGCGGGCCGAGAAUCGGGAGCUGGGCAAACGCGUGCAAGCACUGCAGGAGGAGAGUCGCUACCUACGGGCUGUCCUAGCCAACGAGACCGGACUGGCUCGCCUGCUGAGCCGGCUGAGCGGCGUGGGACUGCGGCUGACCACCUCGCUCUUCAGAGACUCGCCCGCCGGUGACCAUGACUACGCCCUGCCGGUGGGGAAGCAGCCGCCGGAGCCGCUGGAAGAGGACGACGCGGCGGGAGGAGUGUGUCUCCAUGUGGACAAGGAUAAGGUGUCGGUGGAGUUCUGCUCGGCGUGCGCUCGGAAGGCGUCGUCUUCUCUUAAAAUUUUCUUUUUUAGGUGAUUUCCUUCCUGCCAGGCUCCGUUGUAGGGGUUACAGAGCAGUGGUUCCCGCCUCACAACCUGUGGAUACAGCUGUUGGGGCAGAAGAGACGGGACCAGCUGCUGGCCACAUUUCCUGCUUUAUUUUAAAAGCUUAGCAGUAUCUGCAAAAACGAAUCUUUUCCUACAACCUGUUAACUGACUGGACUGAUGGUAACAGUAAUUGUGGGAGCCAUGUCGGUCAAAAAUUUGGCAUCUGCUGCAAAACAUGAAUGCCAUUUCCAAGUUCCCAAAUUACUUCUAUACUGAUUACACUUUCCAGAAAUGGAGAUAUGAAAAGAUUCUCUGGAAUGCUUGAAAGACUUAAUAGAAAUCCAUGAGACUAAGUUAAUUUUGGAACAAAAUUACAUCUUUUUUUCUUUCAUAGCAGUAACACUAAAUUUAUUGCAUAUUAUAAAAAAUUGUAACCAUUGGAGAAGAGAAUUAUAGUGUUUUAUUAAGAAACUAGAUUUUUACACAAUCAAAAACACAUUCUGUGGACUUAGAUUUAGUGGGCUAGCGUGACAUAAGUAGGUUAGCAGUGAUCACAGAACUUACCAUGAGUUUGUGUUUCUGGAAUGUAAAGAACUGCUUUGGAAGACAGACACCUUGCUGAGUAGAAUAAAGUCCUCAACUUAAAGAAUAGUGUUUUUAAAUAGACGCAUUGAUUGUGUAACAAUAUUUAAAAAAUGAUUAAGAUAAUAUGUGGGUGGUAAUGCAAUUUAGGGUUACAUGAGUUUGUGUGCAAUCCCAGGUUUGGCAUUUUGGACAUUCUGAGUACUUGAUCCUGUUUGAAUGUGUUGAGGUUUCUGAUGAAUGAUACAGUUUCUACUGUUCUGUUAACAUUUCUGAGUGUUCUGUAAGGACCUUCAUGUUUUGGAUGAUAAUGGCUUAUAUCAUAUUACAAGUAAAAAAAAAACCACUCAGAACCCAGUCAUUUUUUUCAUUAUUGUUGGAUUAUACUAAUAACAUUUUUCAUCUGCUCUAGACUAA